AAGUCUCUUUCUUUCUGUGCAAAGAAAUGGGGAUUAGAGAAGAAAACAAUUUGUCUUGGAAAUCAUCCUUUCUUCGAUUGAUUAAGGAAGAUGAAAUCCAAUUCAACAAAUUAGAGAUGAACUGCCAAAAGGGUAGCAAGAGAGAGUUGUUUUUUGAGGAACUGAAGAAGCAGCUAUGGCUGGCAGGACCUAUUGUGACCGUUAGUGUGUUACAGUACUUAGCACAACUGAUAUCUAUCAUGUUUGUUGGCCAUCUUGGUGAGUUAAGUCUUGCUGGUGCUUCCUUGGCAACUUCUUUUAUUACUGUCGCUGGUUAUAGUUUGCUGUUAGGGAUGUCAAGUGCAUUGGAUACAUUUUGUGGACAAGCAUAUGGAGCAAAGCAGUAUCACAUGAUGGGGAUUCACUUGCAGAGAGCAAUUGUUGUUCUUUUGCUUGUGACGAUACCAAUAGCUUUUGUCGUAGCAAACACAUCGUCGAUUUUGAUUGCUUUGGGCCAGGACGUAGAGAUAUCCAAUGAAGCCGGACAAUAUGCACAAUUCAUGAUUCCAAGCUUCUCUGCACUUGCUCUUAUUCAGUGCUUUGUCAAAUUCUUACAGAUGCAAAACAUUGUCUUCCCAAUGCUCAUUUUUUCUGGUAUUUCAACUCUGUUUCACAUCCUCCUGUGUUGGAUUCUGGUGAUUAAAACUGGCUUUGGAAAUAAAGGAGCUUCCAUGGCUACAUCAAUAUCGUAUUGGAUCAAUGCGGUGUUGUUGAUACUUUAUGUCAAGUUCUCCUCUUCAUGUGCAAAAACUUGGACUGGCUUUUCAAAGGAGGCUCUACAUGGAACCUACAGUUUUCUUAGGCUUGCAAUUCCUUCUGCUGUUAUGGUGUGCUUGGAAAUGUGGUCGUACGACAUGGUAGUUCUCAUAUCUGGUCUGCUUCCUAAUCCAAAAUUACAAACUUCUGUACUUUCUACAUGCCUCAGCACAGAAAUAGUUUUCUUUAUGAUCCCAUACGGCCUCAGUGGUGCUGUGAGCACUCGAGUCUCGAAUGAAUUGGGAGCGGGGCGUGCUAACGCUGCACGAUUGGCAGCAUAUGUUGUUUUGGCCAUGGCAAUAUCCGAGGGAAUUUUGUGUGUUAUCGUCUUUAUGCUGCUACGCAACAUUUGGGGUUACACAUAUAGCAAUGAAAUAGAAGUAGUUGAAUAUGUGGCAAGAAUGAUUCCAUUUCUUUCCAUGUCUAUUUUCCUAGAUGGUCUCCAAUGUGUUCUUUCAGGGGUUGCUAGAGGGUGUGGUUGGCAGAAAAUUGGUGCCUAUAUCAACCUUGGAUCUUAUUAUUUAGUGGGUAUUCCAUCAGCAAUCUUGUUUGGUUUUGGAUUCAACCUCGGCGGGAAGGGUCUUUGGCUUGGGAUCAUAUGUGCAAUUGUUGUGCAAGGUGUGGCUCUUUUUAUCGUUACGAUUCGCACUAACUGGGAACAAGAAGCCAGGAAAGCUACAGACACAGUUCACGGAGAAGCUACAGUGGAUAUGGUGCCGUGACACAAAUUUCUGCAUUUCUUCAUUCAACAACUCUCUGCCUAUCAACCUAUUAAUAUUGGAGAUGAUUCCAUCAAAGUAGCACCAGAAAGUCAAGAAUAAAUGUAGUUGAUCACGACCUUCUUGUCUAGCUACACUUAAUAGUUUUGGUUGACAAAAUUUUGUCUUCCGUUGUUUGUUCCCAAAUUGUCUUUUGAUGUUUAAAUAUGGUGAUAUGUGAAACAAAGCACCAUAGAUUCUAUUCUGAGUCGAUUAUUGAGAAAUACAAGAGUAGGUCAAUUUAAUGUUUU